AUGGACCCCAUCUCGGAGAGUUCAGCCCAAGCAGCUCCCUCUGUGGCAACUACCAAAGCACAUCCUUGCGAUCAAUGUCGCCGGCGGAAAGUCAAGUGCGAUGGCAAGGAGACCUGCGAAAGGUGUAUCUCGUCUGGUCUCCGAGACAUCGUCCGCAAACGACGUGGCCCCAAAAAAGGGUCAGGCUCAAUGAUUGCGAAACUACGCGAUGAAGACAGCCAAAUCCUGCAGCAAGGUAUCAAUAUACUCACCAUGGAAUCACCCUUGUCAGAAUCAAGCAGCCGGUUCACGCCAUCACUGUCUCGAUCAGUGUCAGCAAGCAGUAUGCAUUCUUCUCCUGUAGUUGGAAGCUUCAGAGAUAGUGCAGGCCCGACGUCGAAUCCGAUCACCAUAAAGAAUACACCACCCAUGCUUCAGAUACCACAGCACAUCACUUCGGCUCCUGCUUCUAUGCUUCCACAGCAAGCAACCCCUGGAUCGAUGGCACCCACGCCAGAUUCUCCAAUUCCGUGGCAGAUGGCAGAUCCAAUGCUACCCUUCCUGGAAAUCUCACCCAGCUCGAGUGACUUUAUCACUGUUAAUGAAUUUGCUCAGAAGAUCUUCGAUGGUGAGGAUUAUCCCUUGAUGGCAUAUCAUAAUGCGCCCUCCCUCGAUGAGCUGGGCGCAUGCAGGCCACCGUCUGUCGAUCGCGUGAUAGCUUCCACUAUGGCUCCUGAGCGUGCUAGCCCAACAGUAUCUAGCUUUCCUCAUCUUUCCCUAGCUGUCUCUCAUGCUGAUGAGCCUCUUCGAUACUGUACAGCCUCGGAAGGCUCAAUGCAAGACGGGAUUCGGAUUGUGGCUCUUGCCGCAGAAAUUGGGAUGUCUUCUGUUAUGAUGUCUCAAUGUAUAAAGCAGUACUUUCACCACCUCUACCCAAUUAUGCCUGUCAUUCACGAGGCCACGUUUCGUCGCAAGUUGAACAGCCCUGAGGAACUAUCUUCUGAGGACACAUGCUUGGUACUGUCCAUGUGUGCGGUCACUAUUCUGCACGCAUCACCGCCAUCAGAUUUAUCACUAGAAGCCAAAAAAGACAUUGGAAGGCAAUUUCUGUCGCAUUUUCUCAACCUACGACGGGCUUCGGAUUGGAUAGAAGACUCAUCCCUCAGCACAAUCAUCGCAUCCUAUUUCGCAUCAGUAUCUUACUUCGAGCUCAAACAACCACGAUCUUCUCACUUUUACGUUCGAGAGGCAACGGGGAUGGCGCUCGAGCAGGGUUUGCAUCUUGACUCUUUCCACGUUGGCAUGAAUCACGUGGCAGAAAUUUGCCAUCGGCGUACGUUUGCGCUGUUGUUCGUGACCGAGCGAGGAGCCUCGAUACUACGCAAUAAGCCUAUCUCCAUCGCGAAACUACCUGCGCUUCCUGUGGACUUUUUUGAUGACGAAGAUCCUAGCAUUCUCACCGGUUUUCAGUGCCUCUGCGAACUGUUUGCUCUGCUAGACGAGAAGUUCAUUGAAGUCUGGCGAUCGUCAGAAAGCCAAACCGUCAGGCCAUCGGUUGAGCAUAUAGCAGCAAUACAAGACAAUGUCUCCAAUCUGUCGUUCGAUCCUACCGAUCUUCCCGAGAUCCAACGCGCCGACGUGCAAAUCACCCAACAAUGGCUCCGUCUCAUUUUCUGGCAAGCAUCAAUGCGUCAAGGUAUUAUAUCCAGCCAUUCGUCCAACCCAGCCUUCACCUAUAGCUACCCGAUCCACAUUGCCAAAACUCUCUGCGAGCAAAUGAGCAACAUGUCUAUCAAUGCCGUCGCUGUCCACGGUCUGGGCAUCUUUGAAAAAGUCUUCGAAGUCGCCUACACCCUCAUGGAUGCCUUGACCAUUGCCAAGACUCCCUGGUCCGAAUCAGAGGAGUUGAGAUAUCUGUUUAGUUGCUUGUCGGCUAGUCCGAAUAGUCAUAGUACUUAUGUCAGAAUGCUGGAGACGAAGCUGGAUGGGCAGAAGUUGACCUUGCAUAGUAUCAGCAAGGGAGGCAAGAUUUUGCAGAGUCCGGGGUGUCCAGAACAGCAGCAGCAGCAGCAGCAGCAGCAGCGUCAUGAGCGUCCUGUGCAGAAGUUGCCCCAUGGUAGGAAGAGGGCUCGGACAACGGAUAGUCAUACCAGCCAUCCGAGGAUUUCAUGA